AUGACUGAGAAUGAAUAUGACAUUUACGUUUGUACACCACUGAUACGUUUUGCAUUUUUAGGAAAAAAUGACAUACGUAUUUCUAGUGGUGAAGUUUCGUCAAAAUCAUAUGAAAGUCUUAAAAAACUUGCCCAGUUACAAACUAGAUCUGGACCAAGACUUGAUGCCAAAGCAUUUAUUUUAUCAACUGGAGUAGAAGUAUUGGUUCAAGAAAAUGCAAAAAAUGAUAUUUAUAGUAAACGGACAAAUGACUUGUCAAAAUUGGAAUACUGCACCAAAAUCUUACUGUCAAGUGCUUUUCUGGCCUUACCUCCUGCAGCUCAAUCUGAAAUAUAUAAGUUUGAAACUUACACAAUUCAAACCAAUGAACUUACGUUAAAAUUGGGUGUAUCAUCAUAUAUGUUUGAAGAAGUGAUAUGUAUGCUUGAAUUAACUGAAAUAACCAUUCCACAAACCAUAGAAGCAUUUCCAAAAUGCAUAGAAGCUAUAUACAAGGUGCUUUCAUGGAAAUCUCGUUCACGAAGAAAUACCAAUAUUUAUCAUGAAUUGUUAAGUAAGGCUUCAAGCGAUUUAAAAAAAAAGAAAUUUUUUCCAUCACCAAGGUUAUUAAAUCCUAAUUACAUGUAA